UCGAAGGCCAGAGAGUCGCUUGCGAUGGAGCGAAAAAACGCCCGGCAAACGGGUGGCGGACAACCGAUGAAAGCCGCAGACACGGUAACGAUGUCAAUCAUUGAAACAAUGAAGGAAACGCCGUCCUUCAGUGGGAUUCCGGGUGCUUCUCAAUCCGAAACCACCAUCGGUGCAGUGCGCAGCGCAACAGGAUUUGUUGAGCUGCUCCAACUGGAUGACUUCCUCAACUUUGCUGACGAUAUUCGUCCAUUCGACGAUGAUGAAACAGUAAAUGAAACAUCAAAAGACAGCAGUGCAGAUCAAGUUCUUAGUGUGCCUGUUCAUGUGAAUAAUAAGGAAAUUAAACCAAGCAGGAAUCCAGCUAUUGGUAAAAGGAAAGAGCAGACCCUGAGGGAACUGCAGAUGGCAUAUUAUGCUGGAUCCAUUGCAGUUCAACAGGAAAAGUUGCUACUUAUGAAAUCCCAGAGAGAGUUUUUUGAGGAGGGAAAGCUCAUGAUGGCAUUUGCCAAAGACAAACUGUAAAAGAAUGUCAUAAAACAACAUUUUUUAUCAUUUUGAAAAAAAAAAAUUUCUAAAAAUGAUAAUAAAUGAUACAAAUUCCAUUUGUAGCCGGGGUUUGUGUAAACAACCCAAUGGGUUUUAAGUUCCAAGUUUUUAAUAUAUGUGAAUGAUGGUCAGUGACCAAGACUUAGUGUAGAAAGUGGCAAUUGAAAAUAGCCAACUACAACAUCUACCUCUUGCAAGGUUUUACAUAAAAGUGACUUAACAUUUAGUUACUAUUUAAAAUUAUAUGGAUGAACAUGAAAUAAUCUCACAAUAAACUCAAAAAUGUAAAUAAAGUAAGUUAGAGAGUAGACACUCAGUUGUAGACAGUGUUUACAAGGUGCAUGAGAAAAUUCCUGACCUAUAUUUAAAUACAUCUGUUC